UAACAUCACCACUACACCUUCAAUAUUCUCUUCUCCAUCACUACAUUGCAAACAACGAUUCAUGGAAGACCUAACCCCAAACCCUGCAAACUCACCACCCCUCACUCCACUCACCUUCUUGGAAAGAGCAGCAAUCGUCUACGGCGACUCCCACUCCAUCCUCUAUGACCGCACUUCCUUCACCUGGUCCCAAACUCACCGUAGAUGCCUUCAACUCGCUUCCUCCCUCACAUCCCUUGGUCUAGGGCGCGGCCACGUCAUCUCUGUUCUCUCCCCGAACACUACCUCAAUGUACGAACUCCAUUUUGCUAUACCCAUGUGUGGUGCCAUUCUCAACAACCUUAACCUACGUCUGAAUCCUCACACACUCUCCGUGCUCCUUCGACACAGUGAAUCAAAACUCGUCUUCGUCCAUUCUCACUCUCUCUCACUAAUCCUCCUCGCCCUCUCCAACUUCCCUAUAACCACACCACGCCCUUCCCUCGUCCUUAUCAAAGACGAUGCAGAUGCAAUAACACGCUCUCCCGUCAUAGACACAUACGAGGACCUUAUAAGAAAGGGUAACCCGAACUUUAAGUGGGUCCAGCCCAACUCCGAGUGGGACCCAAUAACCCUAAAUUACACUUCCGGCACGACGUCGUCUCCCAAAGGAGUAGUACACUCCCACCGCGCAACCUUCAUAAUGACCCUAGAUUCUCUCAUCGAUUGGUGCGUACCGAAACAACCAGUAUAUUUAUGGACACUACCAAUGUUCCACUCUAACGGGUGGACCUUCCCGUGGGGGAUCGCCGCCGCAGGCGGCACCAACAUCUGCGCCCGUAAAAUCGACGCGCCAACGAUCUACCGUUUGAUCGAAUCACACAAUGUUACACACAUGUGCGCCGCGCCGGUGGUUCUCAACAUGCUCUUAACUAGAACCGAACCGGUGAAGAAUCCGGUUCACGUCCUCACCGGUGGAUCGCCGCCUCCGGCGGCGAUCCUCACGCGCGCGGAGGAGUUGGGGUUUAGGGUUAGCCACGGGUACGGCAUGACGGAGACGCUGGGAGUGGUCGUGUCGUGUGCAUGGAAGAAGGAGUGGGAUAAGUUUCCGUCGACGGAGCGGGCGAGGUUUAAGGCGAGGCAAGGGGUGAGGACGGUGGCGAUGACGGAGGUGGACGUGGUGGAUCCAACCACCGGCAUUAGUGUGAAGCGCGAUGGUGUAACACCGGGGGAGAUAGUUUUUCGCGGCUCGUGCGUGAUGUUAGGUUAUUUGAAGGAUAUAGAAGGAACAAAAAGGUGUAUUAGAAAUAAUUGGUUAUACACCGGAGAUGUUGGAGUUAUGCAUGGGGAUGGGUAUUUGGAGAUAAAAGAUAGGUCAAAGGAUGUGAUAAUAAGUGGUGGUGAGAAUUUGAGUAGCGUGGAGGUGGAGUCGGUGUUGUACGGUCACCCAGCGGUGAACGAGGUGGCGGUGGUGGCGCGGCCGGACGAGUUCUGGGGGGAGACGCCGUGCGCGUUUGUGAUGUUGAAGGAGGGGCUGGUGGCGCCGCCGUCGGAGAAGGAGUUGGUGGAGUUUUGCAGAGAGAGGUUGCCGCACUUCAUGGUGCCCAAGACUGUGGUGUUUAAGGAGGCGUUGCCGAAGACGUCGACGGGGAAGAUUCAGAAACACGUGCUGAGGAUGAAUGCGAAGGCUAUGGGGUCCUUGGUGGCUCCACCACCGGCUAUACCUAGUCGCAUGUAGAGUGAAGUUGUUGUCACUUCGUACAAAAAGAGUGCAAUAUAUUGUCGGGUUUUUGGUUUGGUACGUUGUUUGAAUGAAUUAAGGUUGAUGAGUCAAG